AGAGGAAAGCCGGGCAGCUGCAGCAGGAGCUGGAGGCCCGAGUGGGUCAGCUGGGCCGAGAGAUGGAGCAGCUGGAGAAGGAGCUGAAGAGCAUCAGUGAGGGGGGCAGCAGGACGCAGGGAGGCCCGGCACACGUCCUGCUGCAGGACGGCUCACUGACAGAGUCCUCUUCCAGUCCCUCUGCUCCUCUAGAACCCGCCUCGAACCCUCCUCUGGUGUCAGCAGAGAGCGCUGACGCUGCUCGGAGCUCCACAGCUGGAUCUGUGACCGACCCUAAACCCGCGACAGCCCCCGUGGUGUUUGUCGGCUCUGCUCCCGCGCUGCUGCUGCUGGGCGCCAGCCAGGUGGUCACCCAGCCCCCCACGCCACUGACGGCUGUCUCCGAAAUGAUGGAGGGAACACAGCCGAUCCUCAAACCAGCAGCGACGCCAGGCUCUACACCUCAAGACGCCCCGAGUCCAGACUCCAGCAGUGUCAGUGGUGACGACUCGCCGCCGGAAAAGAAAUCUGUGGAGGAGACGCCUUCAGGGAGAUCGAGAAGGACCAGGAGAGCGACGUCUAAAGCUGAAGGUUCCACUGAUAACGACGCAAAAGAGAAAAAAAUCAGGUCAGGUGGAGUGCAGGGAAGAAGGGUCAAAGGAAAAGAGACGGUGAAGAGGUUCUCGUGUGAGCAUUGUGGCGUCAGCUUUCACUGGAAGAGUGAACUCAAGAAACACACCAGAGUCCACAAGAAGCCUUUUCCUUGCGAUCAGUGUGGCAGAAGUUUCCUCGAAAAGAAAUCUUUGGAAAAUCACCUUUUGCGUCACGAGGCGAGCAAAGCCCCGCUGCCCUUCCCGUGUCCUCAUUGCAAACGAUCGUACCGAAGAGAGGAGACGCUUCAGAACCACCUCAAGCUUCACCAGCGGAUCAAACCACCGAAGCCGUUCGCCUGCGAUCAGUGCGGGCGAACAUUCAGAAUCAAGCAGUCUCUGGAAAACCACCUCCUGCGCCACGAGAAGUGGAAGAAAAUGAUAAAGUGCCAGCUGUGUGACAAGACCUGCAAGACGGCGGUCCAGCUGAAAUGUCACAUGGCCGUGCACUCGGAGGAAAGGCCGUUCAGCUGUGCAACGUGCGGGAAGGAGUUCAAGAGUAAAGACACCCUGCGCUUCCAUCAGAUGGUUCACUCUAAUGCCAAAAAAUACAAAUGCACAAUGUGCGACGAAACUUUCAAAUACGCCCACUCCCUGACCGUGCACAAGAGGAAACACACCGGCGUCACUCCGUUCAUAUGCGCCGUGUGCAACCGCUCAUACAGGACCGGCACUGCCCUGAAGAGACACAGCAUAGUCCACACCGGGGAGAAACCGUUCACCUGUCACAUAUGUGGGGCGAGAUUCAGCCUCAACAACAACCUCAAGAGGCACAUUCGCAUUCACACCGGAGAGAAGCCGUUCACCUGCCAGGAGUGCGGCAAGAGCUUCUCCGACAACACCAAGCUCAAGUCCCACAUGCUCAUCCACGGCGCCAGGAAGCCGUUCAUGUGCGAUCUGUGCGGGAAGACCUUCCUCUUCAACUGCAGGCUGCUGAUUCAUCAGAGGUACGUGCAUGCCGACAGGAACGAGGCAACGGACGGCACGCAAACAUUCGCCCAGACUAGGAGGCGAAACAAGUCGGUGGUGAAACCGUUCAGCUGCAAAAUCUGUCUGAGAGGUUUCAGUGCGGCGUGUUCCCUCAAACUUCACGAAAAAGGCCACAGUGAGCCCAAAGAGUUCAGCUGCACCAUAUGUGGCAAGUCUUUCCACAACAAGUACUCUUUCAGCUACCACCAGAGGAGCCACUCAGGGGAGAAACCCUUUGUUUGCGACGUGUGCGGAAAGAGAUUUUUCCACGCCGGCAGUCUGAAGCAGCACGAGCGGAUUCACACGGGCGAAAAACCGUACAAAUGCGACCAGUGCGACAAAGCGUUCAGAACUGACGGAAACUUUUACAGACACCUGCGGAUCCACACGGGUGAGAAGCCGUUUGAGUGUGUGUACUGUCCCAGGAAGUUCCACCAGUCCAACCAGCUCAAGUCCCACAUGCAGGUCCACACAGGGGAGAAGCUGUACUCGUGCCCGCAGUGUGGCCGCGGUUUCUCUGACUCCAGGCAGCUGAAGAAGCACAGCUGUGACGGGCCGUAGCCAAUGAGAUGCUGAGGUGUGUUUGAACUUCAUCGGAUGAAGUCAUAUAUGAGGCAGCAGUUUGUUGUGCUGAGGGAAACAAAAUGACUUGUGUGGC